AGGGGGGGGAGCGCGAGCCCAAAAGCCAACAAGAGAGGGAGCGAGCGGUGCGGCGCGUCGCGGCGCGCGCAGCCCAUGAGGCGGUGAGAGGCCUGGGGCCUGUCUCGGAGCAGCGCGCGCGGCGCCGUCCAGCAGCGGGCCGCCCUUCGUGGGCCCGGGCCCGGGCGCGGCGGCCGCCCGUGGAGAAGCAGGUCGGGGCGGUGGAAGCUGUGCGUCCGGGCCCCCCGCCAUGGAGGGCAUGGACGUGGACCUGGAUCCCGAGCUCAUGCAGAAGUUCAGCUGCCUGGGCACCACAGACAAGGACGUGCUCAUCUCCGAGUUCCAGCGGCUACUCGGCUUCCAGCUCAACCCGGCCGGCUGCGCCUUCUUCCUGGACAUGACCAACUGGAACUUACAAGCAGCAAUUGGCGCCUAUUAUGACUUCGAGAGCCCAAAUAUCAGUGUGCCCUCCAUGUCCUUUGUUGAAGAUGUCACCAUAGGAGAAGGGGAGUCAAUACCCCCUGAUACCCAGUUCAUAAAAACAUGGCGGAUUCAGAAUUCUGGGGCAGAGGCCUGGCCUCCAGGGGUUUGUCUUAAAUAUGUCGGGGGAGACCAGUUUGGACAUGUGAACAUGGUGAUGGUGAGAUCACUAGAGCCCCAAGAGAUCGCAGACGUCAGCGUCCAGAUGUGCAGCCCCAGCAGAGCAGGCAUGUACCAGGGACAGUGGCGGAUGUGCACUGCUACUGGACUCUACUAUGGAGGGGCUCCACGGGCCUUACCCCUUCGGCCAGUCUUAAACGGGUAUCAGCAAGAAGAAAAACUAACAAAAGACAGAAGGCCUGACUUUGGGGGGAGAGGGCAAGGGGCUCCUGGAUUGCAGACCACGUCGCUUGGACCCCCGGCUCAGACCCCCACCCACCCCCCAAUCACGGAAGAAGAGGAAGAAAGAGACUAGUUUUGAGUGAACUCAGUAUGCAUGUGUGAAUGCUGAACUGCAGGAGUGGUGUUGAGGCGACCGAGAAGAGAUCCACGCAGCCACCCUGGGUUUUGGUGAUGACGUCAGUCUAAUGAGUUGUUAGGUCACUUGGGAAGGGGAAGAAAUUUAAAUGGGGGAAAAUAAGCCAUCUUUUUAAACAAAAAUUAUUUUACCUACAGAGAGGUUGUAGUUUUGAGCACAUGUUAGUUCCUCCCUCUUCCCGAUGCUGAUCUUCUCAGUAAGGGACAGCAUGCUACAGGACAGUGCCUGCUCUGGAAGCCAUCACACUAAGGCUGGCUGGCAUGCUUGGGGACUCUGUCAUUCGGGGUUGCUGGGCACAUGCUGUUUACCCCUGACUGCAGAGUCUAACCCUGUUCUUAGUGGCAUCUGCCAGUGAGAUCUCACCUUCCUCCUCUCUUUUCUUUAAUCUUUUGUUAAUUUACCCCUUUGAUAUUGGUAUCUGUCAACCUUGGGGCUUCUUAGCAUCAGAACCUCUCUGAGUAAGGACUUUCUGUGUGGCCACAGAAGCCUGGGGGCACUCCAUGCCGGAGGUGCCCUGUUCACACACUGUAACAGUGGCCUGUGUGCCAUGGCUCAUGCUGGCUGUGUGCAUGCACUCCGUGCACACCGGGUUGUAGGGCUUCAGCAAGUGUGAAAUGUCUCCUGCUUC